AAUAGCUUGCUCGAUUUCGGGUGAGCUUUUUGGACGACCAUCCGCAUACUUUGGUGGGCCUUAUUACGCCACUGUGACUGAUAUAGUAAAUAAAGAUGGAGAGGUAUCAAUGAAAUUGCCACUAAACCCUGAAACCUGUUUAAUUAUUUUAUUCCUCGUGUAACUGUAUUGGGUGGCAACAGACUGAUCACCUCAAAAGGUUGUAAUGUUGUCACUUGUCGGCCAGUUAUAUUUCUGUAUAUCGAAGACAUUUGUUUAUUUAUAUAUAUGUAUGUACGCAUGAAUUGUGCUUUUUCUGGUUUGAAAUAUGAAAUAAACUCUCCCUCUCCUUCUACAAUUCUAUCUGUCUAUAGCUCUAUUAGUGUAACUGUGCAGUGAUUUCUGUCUACAAAUAGAUAAUUAAAUCACCUUUCGAAAAGCAUGUAUACAUAUGAACCUUUGAGAAAAGGUCCUGGAUUAGACUUUCGUUCAACAUUCACUUUUUCAAACACUGGGAAAUCUGCUUCAUCUGGGACUAAAUAUAGUGCUGUGUCUAUUGAUAUGGAACCAGAAUUUCAGUAUAUGAAUCCCUCUCAUCCAUGGUGGGUUACCAUAUGCACUGGUGCAGUCCAGUUUUUUGCAUAUUUUCUUUUUAUAAUAACUUUGCCAUUUUCAGCAAUCGUUUGCUUUAAGAUGGUACACCAAUAUGAAAGAAUAGUCGUUUACAGGAUCGGACAUCUAAUGCCACUCAAAGGGCCUGGCAUUGUUCUUAUUCUUCCUUGCAUUGAUCGGUGGAACAAAGUAGAUCUACGUACCAAGGCUUUCAACGUUCCACCAACCAGAGUUUGUACUUCCGAUGGCGGAUUAAUUUUAAUCGGUAGUGUUGUUCAUUUUCGUGUGCAAAAUCCUUUGCGUGCAAACAAUAGUUUAAAAGAUAUGAAUCACUCCAUCAGAACAAUGGCACAAUCAGCUAUGUCAAAAAUCCUAAGCAAAAAGCUUUUUUCAGAGGUAAUGUCAAGUGGAUCUCGUUACAAUUAUGACAUUCAAACUGAGAUUAAUGAAGUUGCUCGUGAUUGGGGGCUCGAAAUCGGAAGAGUAGAAUUGUCUCAACCAGUUGCAGAAGUCUCCCCACCUGUGCAACAAACUGGAUUUCUCGAUAAAUUAAAAUCUGGAUUCGGGGGAGGCGGUGAUGUAAUGGGCAUGACGCAGCAGCUUUUAGGUUUUGCUGGAGCUGGUGGUUUAAACCAACAAUAUGCCAGUAUGAAUAAAGUCAGUGAGACAUCUACAAAUAUACCAGUGGUUGAUAUUGAAAAAGAGGCAGGUGAUCUAAUCAAUGAUGCUGGGAGUGUUAUUGAUGAAGAUAUGCUUUAUAAUGUUGAUGCUGCAUUUGAGAUUAAACUUACUGAUAAUGGAAAUUAUUAUUUUAUUGACUUGAAGAUUGGAGGAGGUAGUUGUGGCAAAGGGAGACUUCCUGUUGGUACACCUGACGCAACUUUGAUUCUAAGCUUCAGUACACUACAUAAACUUUUGUCUGGAAAAAUAGGGGCAUUUUCUGCCUAUAAUAGUGGGAAUUUAAAGUUAGAAGGUGAUAUCAAAACUGCAAUGAGACUGGAAGAACUUGUGAAUCAUCUCAAAAUAUAAAUAGCCGUUUGUUGAUAAUACAAAAUUAUCAAAAAAUGUUAAAUUACUUUCAUUUGUGAUGGCUGUAUUUUGCCUAAUUAAAGAGUGGAAAUACGGUAGAACAUACAACCAAGUCACAACUCCUGUAGCUUGUCUGUAAAAAAAAUAACGA